AUGGCACCUAGGCAGGCGCAGGCACCGGCACCGGCACCAGCAGUACCAUUACGCAUUAUGUCCCUGGGCGCCUCAGUGUCGUUUGGGAUAGGUUCAACGACCGGCGACAGCUACCGCAAAGAUCUCCAAGACCUGCUCGUCGCCCAAGGCAUGAAUGUCACAUAUGUCGGGACAAAAGCAAAUGGAGACUUCACCGACAACGCAGUCGAGGCAACUCCGGGAUUCAAGAUCGACCAAAUCGCUGCAGCGGCAGACGAAGCGGUGCCUCUGCUCCAACCGAACCUUGUACUUGUCGAUGCUGGCACCAAUAAUUGCAACAAAGGCGGCAUAAUACCCGACGCAGGCGCGAAUGUCACUGCCAUGAUAAACAAUAUCUUUGCACAAAGUCCAGGAUCGACUGUAAUACUCACAUCGAUACUUGCUAACAAGAUUGCUGCGCAAGAUGCAUGCCGAGUCAACAUUAACGCGCAAUACGCCGACGUAGCGACGCAAUUCCAACAGUCUGGCGCCAAGUUCGCGCUUGUAGACAUGCGAAGCCCCGCUGCGCCGGGUCUAAACGAUCUUAAUGAUACAAGACACCCGAAUGACGGCGGCUACGUUAAGAUGGCAAACGUGUGGGCCACAGGGAUUCAGGAAGUGAUUUCCCAGGGUUUCAUCACAGCACCUAAUUAA